CACACACACACACACACACACACACACACACACACACACGCGGACAUUCACAAGUCUUGUUUCUCACCAGAUAACGUUAAACUGUAGUCACCCGGCUAGCACGGCAGAAGACGGUCGACCCUCAGCCAACUGUUACCACCUUUUGGAGAAGAAAUCAAAAAGUACAGCCAUGGGGAAAGGAUGCAUUACAGUCACCAAGUACUUUCUAUUCCUCUUCAACCUCCUCUUCUUUAUCUUUGGAGCAGUGAUCAUGGGCUUUGGCCUGUGGGUCCUCUUUGAUAACCAGAGCUUCAUUGCUGUUCUACAGGAAUCAUCAGACACAGUAAAAGUGGCAGCCUACAUCCUCAUCGGAGUGGGUUCCUUGUCAAUGGCCAUGGGCUUCUUUGGCUGCAUAGGAGGGAUCUACGAAAUUCGUUGUCUGCUGGGUCUGUACUUCACCUGCCUCCUGCUCAUCCUCAUCGCCCAGGUCACUGCUGGAGUUCUCAUCUACUUCCAAAGAGAUCGGUUGAAAUACGAGAUGUCCAACAUCAUACAAGGUAUGCUAAUCAACUACACUGGCCAGAACAGGACCACCGAGCACACCUGGGACUAUGUUCAGAGGACGAUGAAGUGCUGUGGCUGGAUGGGUCCAGGCAACUGGUCUGAGAACAUUUUGAUCAAGAACAGCUCUCAGAACCUCUACUCCUGUUCCUGUCGCAAUGAGACCCUGCAUGGCACGGACAUCAAGGUCGUAGGCCUGUGUGAGCACCUGUCCACAAAACUACCCAUCUACGAAACGGGCUGUGCAACCAGCGUUGAGAAAUGGCUCCUGGACAACUGUGGAGUUAUUCUGGCAAUCUGUGUUGGUGUGGCAGUCAUUGAGCUCCUUGGGAUGAUCCUCUCCAUGUGUCUGUGCAAGAGUGUUGUCGUGGAGGAUUAUACCAAAGUACCGAAGUACUGAGCUGAAGACAGAGCCAGCUUCACACCACACACAGAUGGAUGGACUCUUUUCCCCUCUCUCUGCCUCUCUCUCUCUCUCUCUCUCUCUCUCUCUCUCUCUCUCUCUCUCUCUCUCUCUCUCUCUUCCUCUUCUCUCUCUUGUCACACAUUCUUAUGAACACACCACACAAAUAAGACAGCUGUCUCCACCAUUUGAGCUUCUCUGCCUGACAGCUGUGCAAAUUUCUCACGCCAAACACACACACACACACACACACACACACACACACACACACACACACACACCUCGCAAUCAAGCUAUGACACUUGUUGGACAUGCAUCCACAAGUAACCAUUGUUGUCUUAUGACCUUGUCUUUUCUAAAGGAGACUUUUUUGAUGUUUUGGUAAUAUUUUUGGGUGGAGGCCUGAGAAAUUUGCUGUGUGAUACUAUGCAAAUGUUCAUUUAUGUGUUUUUUGUUUUGUUUUCCGUAGAUAAACCUCAAUGAAGCGCUUAACAUAGUAGAAGAUAGAGCACUUUAAUGACAUUUGCUGAGCUGAGAGCCGGGGCAUCCUCUGACUCUAGGCCAUGGAAACGAGAGGGAGACUGAAGGGUGUGGGUGGGUGCGAUGUCGACACACUCAAGUAUUAGUCCCACUUUGUGAUCGUGUAUCGGUAUUUUUGGUGCAGAGGGUGGAGGAGAGGCCCAGGGCUGAGCCUGGGCAGGGCUGCUGUGGUGGAGGUUUUGGCUUCUGUCAUCAGCUCCUUGUACCCAGUAGUCCUGAUAUUAACCUCCCUUUACACCCACCGCCACCGCCUCCUCCUCCCUCCCACUAUCCAUUAUCUGUUAGUCUCUAAAUCAUGUCUCUGUCCUCCUCAAGUGUGUCUGACUGAAAAAUAGUAGCUUUCCAAAAGGACUAGUUUUGCAUGAAGUAAGUGUGUGUAUGAUGUGUUGAGAGAGUGUUUUAUUUCUUAUUUUAUAUUCUCAUGUCAUCUCUGUUUGUUUUUUAUAACUAUAUAUGUGACUGGUAAGGGAUUAUGGCACUUUGGUGCUUGGUCAGCGUUUAACAUGGGAAAGCUGUCGCCCACAUGCUCAUGUUUUAAGAAUUCUAUUGUUCUUCGUUUCCUUUCUUUUGUUUUUGAUGUAAAGAAUGUGGCUGUCACAGCAGCUCGUCAGCACUAUUUUGGUCUGAAUCAGAGAAAUUGGAACCCUUUUAUAGUGAAUCUGUCAUCACUAAAGCUACAUUUUUAUUUUUAUUUUUUUUUGUUACAAUAGCAUGAGUUUGUGAACUGAUAACAUACCAUAGCGCCUGCCCCAAACAUCUUUAUUUAAGCUCCUCACACCUGCCUUCAUUUAAAAAAAUCUGGUUUUUUAUCAUCAUAACGUGAAAAUGGCCGCUGUGUGACCACAAAGAAUUUUCCCUCCUCUGCAAAAUGUUCAUCAAGUCAUGCUUGUCUUUGCUAAAGAAAUGUUUUGCAAAAAUGUUGCUUUGAUAUUCCUCAUCCCACUCGUUAUCUAAUUUCAAACACACUAUAUUAUUGCUGAAUUUAUGGUUAAAUUAGUGGAUGGAUUGCACUUUUAGUUGGUUUAUGUCUCACACAAGUCAUGUCAAAUUAUGUUCAUCGCAUGACAAUGAGUACAAAAAGUGUCCAUUAAAUUUUUUUUAUUAAUUUAUCUUAAUUAGAUAUGAAGACUUUUUUUAUUGUGUGUUUAAGAUAUUUCUACACUUUUACAAAAAAGGAAUGACUUUGUUUAGAAGAAAAUAUAUAAGUACGCCAUGUGUAAAAACAAAUGUUUCUUUUUCAUUA